CCGCCCUCAGGCUCCCGAGCCUCAGUCGGCGCCGAGCUUUCUGCUGCCCCGGACCCUCCCUCGGGCGCGCACCGUGCCGAACUCAGGCUCAAGACUGCCGGUGGGCAUCUACACUGCCUGGGAAUCAUUCAGUGUGCAGACAGGACAGCCUCCUUGGAAAGCUGACCAUACCGGAAUUCCGACUAGGCAUGGGCCUUGUCAUUGAGGCAGCUCCGCUCUCUGCGCUGGUCUGAGGGUGCUGCCCGUCAUGGGGGCAGCCAUCUCCCAAGGGGCCCUCAUCGCCAUCGUCUGCAACGGCCUUGUAGGCUUCUUGCUGCUGCUGCUUUGGGUCAUUCUCUGCUGGGCCUGCCACUCUCGCUCUGCCGACGAUUCUCUCUCCGAAUCCAGUCCCAACUCCAGCCCUGGCCCUUGUCCUGAGAAGGGACCACCACCCCAGAAGCCUAGCCAUGAAGGCAGCUACCUGCUGCAGCCCUGAAAGGCGCCUGGUCUACCCUGGAGCCUGGGACCUAAGUCUACCCCACUCAGAGCCUGGAAUCAGGAUCUCAGUUGAGUCAGCCUCGGGUCCAGAACUCAGAGUCUAGCCUGCUUGGAUCUGGACCCAGCAACCCAGACUCUAGUGAGCCUGGCUCCCAAAAGAGGCUUGGGUGGUUCUGGAGAGAUAGGCCUGGGGUGGGAGUUCAAGAGUUGGUGCUAGGGCCAGGGCCAUCUGGACUCUGCUCCAUCCCAAGGGCCAAGGGCUAGGUUUACCCUUUCCCUAGGCUCAGCGCCUCUGGGUCCUCUAGGUCAGAGAAGCAAACUGGAACCCAUGGCAAUAAUGGGAGGGUGUCUAGGCUGGGCCCUUCCCCUGGUCCUCUCACUGUUUGCUGGAUAAUAAAUGGAACUGUGGCUCUACCCUGAGAUUUUCUUCUCUUACUGA